CUGUGUGAACUGUCAAACGACAGCUACUCCAUUAUGGUGCAGUUUCAACCUUCUAUGAUUAAGACGCUAAUGCAGACAAAUCUAUCGUCGAUUUCAAUUUUCAAAAAAUUGCAGACAUUUAAUUUGAAUUGAAACAAUUAAUUGGUGGACUAAAGCUACCAGAAAAGUAUUUGGAUGUUUAUCAAAUAAUUAAAGCAACGUAAAAAUGAAAACGGAAAUGCAAACCUCAGACAAUGCCACCGUUUCGGAUGGAAUGUGUAGAUUGUGUUUAAGUCAUUGUGAUGAUGAAAAUUCAGUUGAAAUUUUCUAUACAAACGAUCAAUCGUUGACAGUGAGAAUAAUGGCUUGUGCGGGACUUGAGGUGACACAACAAGAUCCAUUACCAAAGCGAAUAUGCCUUGAAUGUCGUUUAAUACUGGAGAAAUCGUUUCUGUUUCGGAAUAAAUGCAAAAACUCUGAUUCCAAGCUACGACGGCAUUUUCGGCUGAUUAACGCUGGAAAAGUGAGUCAUGUGUUCGAUGAUUCCGAGGAUGAAUUCGAAGACGACUACACAGAGUCCAUAAAGCUGAUUAAAGAAUUAGAGGCGAAAAUAAAGCCAGAACCAGAGUUCAAACAAAAAUUGGACGAUGCAGUACAAAAUGUUGAAGAGAAGAAAACCCAACAGCUUCAGGUCAAAAUCACAUCAAACAAAAGUCACAUCAUUCUUCCCGAAAAUCUUGAUCCCAAUCCAACUAUGCGAACACGAUCGUCCAAUCGGCUUAAAAACAUAGCCGAAGCCAAAAACCAAGACGCAAACACCGCUUAUGAAGGAAAUGGAACAAUUGAAGUUCUGAUGGAGGAAAUCGACGAAGACCAAGAAAUUGAAUAUGUGAUAGCCGACGCUGUAGACAACGAUGAAGCAUUUCAAUCCACCGAUUCCAAUGACGAAUUGAACACACUCACACUUGAAGAUGCUGAAUUUGAUAACGAUCCAUUCGUACUGCAAAAUAUAGCCAAAACUGAUGAACUCGACAUAUCCGAAGAGUCAAUGGGCGAUAAGAGCAUGGAAGAGGAAGACACAGAUGAUUUCUACGAUGCAUCACUUUUGGAAUCCAUUUUACCAACGAUAAAGCAAUCGGUGGCCGCAAAAAGUGGCACCGUGUUGGAUGACAAAACACAGUACAAAAUUAUACGAACGGCUGGCAAUGAGAUAAAAGUGCAGUGUAUCGCAUCAGAUGGUAAGGAGUUUGAGAUUGAAAUGGUGCAGCAGCCAACGGUUGGAUAUGAGCGCGAUGAAACGGGUGAUUUGAAAAUAUUCUCAUGCUCAAAGUGUCCGAAAACAUUCUCCAGACGUGGUAAACUCAUCAAUCACGAACGCGAUCACAGUGCCAAGUCAAAUGGACAAGAAUGCCCAUACUGUCAAAAAUGGUUCCCCAGCAACAGUACACUCACGCGACACAUUCGCGUGCAUACCGGUGAAAAGCCGUUUAAAUGCCACAUCUGCAAUCGAUCAUUCAUUCAGAAGGAGAUUUUGAAACGGCAUCUCAUGACCCACAGCGGUGAACGGCCAUUCAAAUGUGCACAUUGCCCGAAAUCGUUUAUACUGAAGGAGGCAUUGAGACAGCACAUCAACCGAAAUCACACGGAAAAUCCAACACCCGAAAUGCACAAUUGCCCAUUCUGUCCCAAGUCAUUUUGCCAUUCCUCUGGUUUGAGCCGUCAUUUGCUGAUCCAUGCUGGUAGAACGUUCCGUUGCGACUAUUGCCAUAAAAAAUUCAACGACAAAAGCGCACUGAAACGACACACCGCCUCUAUUCACAUGGCCAAUCCGAAAAAGAAGUCCUAAAUAGAUUUCCCAUUGUAUUAGUCUCUUUUUUUUCGAUUUUUUUUUUCUAUUUUCUCAAUGUACUACAAUUCCUUUCCUCAUUUAGUUGGAUCUUUAUAUUUAUGCAUAUAUUCAUAGUAAGCCAAAUUGUCAUUUGCUUAUUAACCAAAAAGAAUGAAUUGAAAUAAAGUUUUGUUUUGAAUCAUUUUGUUAUUAGUCUCCAAAA